UGCCAUGUGUCCACAUUUAAACCACAGGAAUUGUUGGGAUUUUGGGAACGACAGACUUUACGGAUUGUUUGGAUACAUUUUCCAAAAGACAUAAGAAGUGCGGUGAGUCAUGGAUUUACCAAUGAUAUGGAUAUGUUUUGGAUUACUUAUUCAUGUCCCGCUGUUUGGAUGCUUAGAUUUACAUCUAUCGGAAACGCUACAACCUGGUUUAACACUGGCAAAUGUAUCAAUUGGACCAGAGUGGGUGUACAAGAUCGACAGACACCUCACACCGACGUCUAUCCGACUCUUUUUGAAGCUUGGUCAAACUAAUGGGGUAUUAUCACUUGCGCGGAAAAUUGACUGCACGCGCUUCGCGAGAAAUCCCUCCUCGCUGUAUAUACGGAUUAAAUCACCGAUGACAGAAAGCGUCAUACUGCUGCAUUUUAACACAUUCGUGCAUGGACAGAACUGCUUCAUUAAAUACAGAAGAAAAACCCCUAAUGCUGAUGCGUACAUGCAUCUCCAGUCUGGAUACAAACCGUGCAUUUCUUUGGACUUCUUGCACAUAAACAUCUAUGAACAUUUACCUCUUUCCAUGCGGACUUCCCAAAUGUUUCGUGGCAGGUGCGUCGAAAAACACAAGCAUGUUGUUUCAUAUAACGUCUGUUUACCACAUAAGAAACAAAAUGAGUCGAAAAUACUCUGUUUAAUGCCUAUCUCACUCAACAGUUCACUUUUUGUUAACGUCCAUCUACUUUUAAACAAAAAACACAAUAAUAGACUCUCACAGUAUCGCCUGGACUCGUGGUCUAAUCGUCAUAAAAGAAACGUGAACUCCGCACCUCAGUUUCAGCUGCCAAACUACCAGGUAUCAGUACCGGAGAACGAGCCCUCUGGGACGCGCGUCAUUACGCUCACGGCGUUCGACGCAGAUGAUGGAGACGCCGGUCUUGUUGAAUACGAUAUGGAGGCUCUUUUUGACAGCAGAUCUAACCAUUUAUUUCAGAUUAACUCCGAGACGGGUGGUAUUACUACUUUGCAACACCUAGAUAGGGAACUUAAAGAUACCCACGUGUUCAAAGUGACUGCCACUGAUAGGGGAACCCCAAAACGAUCAGCCGUCGCGCAUCUCACCAUCACAAUAAGCGACACCAACGACCACCCGCCAGUGUUUGAACAGACUGAAUACAGGGCUAGCAUUCGUGAAAAUGUGGAAGUAGGCUUUGAAGUCAUGACCAUUAGGGCUACAGAUGGAGACGCGCCCUCCAAUGCCAAUAUGAAUUAUAAGAUAAUGAACUCCAGUGAGGUGAAUUCGUGCUUUGAGAUCGAUCCAAGGAACGGGUUGGUCAAAACCAGAGGACGACCGGAUAGAGAGUUUAAAAGCCAUUACAAGCUUAUCGUUGAAGCCAAUGACCAGGGCAAAGAACCCGGUCCACGCACCGCCACGGCGACGGUGAACAUCUUUAUCGAGGAUGAGAAUGAUAACUACCCACAGUUUAGCGAGAAGAGAUAUCUAGUUCAGGUUCCGGAAAACAUAGCUGUAAACUCUCAAGUGGCUGUGGUGAAGGCCUCAGACAAAGAUACUGGAAACAAUGCGAAGGUCCAUUACAGCAUCAUUAGUGGGAAUGUAAAGGGCCAGUUUUACAUACAUUCCCCUACAGGAGUCAUUGAUGUUAUCAGCCCACUAGAUUAUGAGAUGAUAAGGGAUUAUACGCUUCGCGUGAAGGCGCAAGAUGGGGGGCGACCGCCUCUUAUCAACGCCACGGGUAUGGUUGUUAUCCAAGUAGUGGAUGUUAAUGAUAACGCCCCCAUGUUUGUCAGCACACCCUUUCAAGCUACAGUAUUAGAAAACGUUCCUAUUGGGUACUCCUUGAUACACAUUCAAGCCAUCGACACUGAUUCGGGUGACAAUGCUCAUUUAGAAUACAAGUUGACCGACACGUCACCCAGUUUUCCCUUUGUUAUCAAUAAUAGCACAGGGUGGAUCACAGUUAGCCAUGAGCUGGACAGGGAAAUUACUGAGUUUUACAACUUCGGCGUGGAGGCGCGAGAUCACGGGAUACCCGUGAUGUCAUCCUCAGCUAGCGUCAGCAUCUCUAUACUUGAUGUAAACGAUAACGUCCCCACUUUUACACAGCACCUGUAUACCCUAAAAGUCAACGAGGAUGCUGUAGUGGGCACCAGCGUGCUUACGGUCACAGCCAUAGACAGGGAUGUUAAUAGCGUAGUGACGUACCAGAUAUCAAGCGGGAACACACGCAACAGGUUCGCCAUCACUAGUCAAAGCGGAGGAGGGUUGAUAACCCUAGCAUUGCCCUUGGACUACAAGCAAGAACGUCAGUACGUGCUAACAAUCACAGCUUCGGAUGGGACGCGGCAUGACACAGCUCAAGUGUUCAUAAAUGUUACAGAUGCCAACACCCAUCGACCUGUGUUUCAAAGUGCCAACUACCAAGUCUUGGUGAGCGAGGACCGGCCGGUUGGCUCCACUGUUGUGGUAAUAAGUGCCACAGAUGAGGACACUGGAGAGAACGCCCGCAUCGCGUACGUGAUGGAAGACAACGUGCCGCAGUUCAAGAUCGAUCCGGACACCGGUGCCAUCACGACUCAGAUUGAGAUCGACUACGAAGAUCAGGCCUCGUACACGUUGGCCAUUAUCGCUCGUGACAACGGGAUUCCCCAAAAAUCGGACACCACCUACGUGGAGAUCAUCGUUCUUGAUGCCAACGACAAUGCACCCCAGUUUCUCAGAGACAUCUACCAGGGCACCGUGUUUGAGGACGCCGCGGUGUACACAAGUGUGCUCCAGGUAUCCGCAUCAGACCGAGACUCAGGGUCUAAUGGUAGGUUGAGCUACACUUUCCAAGGGGGCGAUGAUGGAGACGGUGACUUUUUUAUCGAGCCUUAUUCUGGCAUCAUCAGAACUGCUCGAAAGCUAGACAGGGAAAACGUUGCGGUGUAUAACCUCAAGGCUUUUGCGGUGGACAAAGGCGUUCCACCUCUAAAAGCUGCUGUUGACAUUCACAUAUUCGUUCUGGACAUAAACGACAAUGCUCCUGUAUUCGAGAAGGAUGAAAUGUAUAUUCAUGUGGAGGAAAAUAGCGCAGUGGGCUCAACUCUGGCUCGUGUGAGUGCCACUGACCCAGAUGAGGCCACCAACGCCCAGAUCCUCUACCAGAUUGUCGAGGGGAACAUCCCUGAGGUCUUUCAGCUCGACAUCUUUAGCGGAGAUCUGAUUGCUCUUAUCGACCUAGACUACGAGACCAAGAUGGAGUUUGUUAUAGUGGUCCAGGCCACCUCCGCUCCACUUGUCAGCCGGGCCACCGUACACAUCCUCCUAGUUGAUGUCAACGACAACGACCCCUUGCUCCAAGAUUUCGAGAUCAUUUUAAACAACUACAUCACCAAUAAGUCUAGCAGCUUUCCCAUGGGAGUCAUCGGGAAGGUUCCUGCACGGGACCCAGAUGUCUCUGAUAAGCUCCUCUACACAUUUGUUGAGGGAAAUGAGCUCGGCCUGCUGAUUCUCAACCAAGAUACAGGGGAACUCAAACUGAGCAAGGACCUGGACACCAACAGGUCUCUUGAGGCCACGAUGAGGGUAACUGUUUCAGAUGGACUUCACCAGGUCUCGGCCCUCUGUACCCUACGUAUGACCAUCAUCACAGACGACAUGCUGACCAACAGCAUCACCGUACGUCUGGAGAACAUGUCUCAAGAACGCUUCCUCUCCCCUCUGCUCUCACGCUUUACCGAAGGCGUAGCCGCCGUCCUCUCCACCAGCCCUGAUGGCGUCUUCAUCUUUAACGUUCAGAAUGACACAGACGUUACCGGCAGCAUCCUUAAUGUUACUUUCUCAGCUCUACUUCCCGGAGGAAGCCCUGGACGAUAUUACCCAUCAGAGGAGCUGCAGGAGCAACUGUAUCUGAACCGCUCUCUGUUGACACUAAUAACAUCUCAGAACGUCUUGCCGUUUGACGAUAACAUCUGUCUGCGUGAGCCCUGCGAGAACUACAUGAAGUGCGUGGCCGUCCUGAAGUUUGACAGUACGGCUCCUUUUAUUGCAUCCAAUACGGUUCUUUUCAGGCCCAUCCAUCCCGUAAACGGAUUGCGGUGUCGAUGUCCGGACGGUUUUACGGGUGAUUACUGCGAGACGGAGGUGGACCUCUGUUACUCCGGGCCGUGUCAGAAUAACGGGAAGUGCCGCAGCCGAGAGGGGGGAUACACCUGUGAGUGCCCACAAGAUUUCACAGGAGAGCGCUGUGAGGUGAACACACGCUUAGGACGCUGUGUGCCCGGUGUGUGUAAGAACGGGGGCAGGUGUGUGGAUCUGCUGGUCGGGGGGUUCCUGUGUCAGUGUCCCGAUGGCGAAUAUGAAAAGCCCUACUGCGAGAUGACCACGCGCAGCUUUCCCGGCCAGUCCUUUAUCACCUUCAGAGGCCUGAGACAGAGGUUUCACUUCACACUGUCCUUCAUGUUUGCUACAAGGGAGAGGAACGCUUUGCUGCUGUAUAACGGCAGGUUUAACGAACGUCAUGAUUUCAUUGCUAUUGAAAUCGUGGAGGAACAAAUUCGACUGACCUUCUCUGCUGGAGAAUCUAAUACCACAGUGACUCCGUUCAUAGCUGGCGGGGUUAGUGAUGGCCAGUGGCACACAGUUCAGCUACAUUACUACAAUAAGCCCAAUAUCGGGCGGUACGGCAUCCCUCAUGGCCCCUCUGAGGAAAAGGUUGCCGUGGUUACAGUGGACAACUGUGAUGUGGCCAUGGCUCUGCGUUUUGGAGGACAAAUUGGGAACUACACCUGUGCGGCCCGUGGCACUCAAACGGGACAAAAAAAGUCACUGGAUCUAACUGGACCUCUACUCCUGGGUGGGGUUCCAAACCUCCCUGAAGAUUUUCCUGUUCAGAACCAAGACUUUGUGGGUUGCAUUAGACACCUGACUAUUGACAACAAGCAAAUAGACAUGGCCAGCUUCAUCGCCAACAACGGAACCUCACCAGGUUGUGCAGCAAAACAUGACUUUUGUAGCCAGAUUGUUUGUCAGAAUGGAGGUGUUUGUGUGAAUAAGUGGAACACCCACGCCUGUAACUGCCCAUUAGGCUACGGAGGAAAGAACUGUGAACACGUAAUGCCCGCCCCCUUGCAUUUCGAUGGCCACGCCCUGGUUUCAUGGAGCGAUACUGAUGUCACCAUUGCCAUUCCCUGGUAUAUGGGUCUUAUGUUUCGUACCAGAAAGAAUGCAGGCGUCCUGCUGCAGGCCAGUGCUGGGGAGUUUUCGAAGAUCAAUCUGUCGGUGAGCAACAGGCACCUGCGUUUCCAAGUGUUCCUGGGGGUCAAACGGGUGGCGCUCUUGGAUUUCCCUCAGGUCCGACUGGAUGAUGGAGAAUGGCACCACGUACUCGUAGAGCUCAAGAGCGGAAAAGAUGGCAAGGACAUCAAAUACAUGGCUUUCGUGUCUUUGGACUAUGGCAUGUUUCAGAGGAGCGUAGAGAUCGGUAAUGAAUUGCCCGGACUCAAACUAAAGAACCUGCAUAUUGGUGGGCUGCUUAAAAAAGACGGCACCGUGCAGAAUGGAUUUACUGGCUGCAUGCAGGGCGUACGAAUGGGCGAGACCUCCACUAAUAUUGCUAACAUCAACAUGCGUGAGGCGAUGAGGGUCCGUGUUAAAGAUGGAUGUGACGUGCCAGAUACAUGUCAGUCGAAUCAGUGUCCCACACACAGCCGGUGCAGGGACACCUGGUCAUCUCACACCUGUGUCUGUGUGCCAGGAUACUUUGGAAGAGACUGUGUUGAUGCGUGUCUCCUGAACCCAUGCGAGCACACGUCCACCUGUGUGCGUGGACCCGGCACCAAACACGGCUACCGUUGCCAUUGUGGACUCAAUUACUAUGGGCAAAACUGUGAGCACAAAGGGGAGCAGCCCUGCGCCCGUGGCUGGUGGGGAUACCCGACCUGUGGGCCUUGUAACUGCGAUGUCAGCAGAGGCUUCAAAAGGGACUGCAAUAAAACCACAGGAGAGUGUAGCUGCAAGGAAAAUUACUACCGGCCUCCUAACAGUGACACUUGCUACCCGUGCGACUGCUUCCACCUCGGGGCUCAUUCCCGGACUUGUUACCCCGUGACGGGCCAGUGCGACUGCAAGAUGGGUGUGGUGGGCCGCAAGUGCAACCGCUGCGACAACCCCUUCGCAGAGGUGACGGUUGGGGGAUGUGUGGUGGUUUACGAUGGAUGUCCGAAAGCCUACGCAGACGGUAUCUGGUGGCCCCGAACAAUGUUUGGUGGCCCUGCAGCCACAAACUGCCCCAAAGGAUCUAGUGGCACAGCGAUCCGUCAUUGUAGCGAUGAUAAAGGUUGGCUUCCACCAGAGCUCUUCAACUGCACGUUCAGCUUCUCAAAGCUAAAGAAAGAGAGUGAAGAUCUUCAUGCAAAUAGUUCUCGAAUGGACGGAGAGCGAUCGAAGAGCCUGGCGGGCCUUCUGAACUCUGCUGUCGGCCAGACUGACCAUCUCUUUGGGAGCGACGUGAAGGUGGUCUACCAUCUGCUGACCACCGUGUUAGAACAUGAGAGUCUACAUCAGGGCUUCGAGCUCUCCGCGACACACGAUUCUGACUUUAACAAGAACAUUGUCAUGGCUGGAAGUGCUAUUCUCGAUCCUGUUAACAAGGAACAUUGGAAGAAGAUCCAGCACACUGACGGGGGCACAGCCCACCUGUUGCGUCACUUUGAGGAGUACGCCAACACCCUGGUGCAAAACCUGAGGAAGACCUACCUGAGACCAUUCACCAUCAUCACUGACAACAUGAUUGUUGCGGUGGAUUUUCUGGAUUCCAGCGCAGACCAAGCCAAGAUCCCUCGCUUUCAGGAGAUUAGUGAGGUGUACUCAGAAGAGCUGGAGUCCUCCGUUGUCUUUCCAAAUACACCCGGUGUCAAAAAAAACAAAGAUAUUUUUACAUCAGACGCAUCAGAUCGGAUUGAACCAAAUGAGUUUGAGACCAGUAUAGAUGAAUCGAAUGCAGCUGAUCCAGUAGCAUCCAUUAAGAAAAGACGGCACGCAGAACCAGUUGACAUGCCGGCUGUUGCCAUGAUCAUCAUCUACAGGUCUCUGGGGCAGCUCCUCCCAGAAAGCUAUGAUCCAGACCGACGCAGCCUGAGGCUACCAACUCAUCCCGUCAUUAACACACCUAUAGUAAGUGUAGUGGUCCACAAAGAGGGAGAACCGCUCUCCACCCCCCUCCAAAGACCCGUUAUUCUGAACUUCAAGCUUCUGGAGACCCAUGAGAGGACCAAACCUGUGUGUGUCUCCUGGAACCACUCCAUUCUGGUGGCCGGUGGAGGUGCCUGGUCUUCUAAAGGCUGCGAGUUGAUCUUCAGGAACUCCACUCACAUCAGCUGUCAGUGUAACCACAUGACCAGCUUUGCCGUCCUUAUGGACAUCUCCAAGCGAGAGCAUGGUGAUGUUCUUCCUCUCAAAGUGGUCACUUACACCACGGUAUCUGCUUCUCUGGUGGCCCUCCUCAUCACCUUCCUGCUUCUGGCGAUCCUCCGCAGACUGCGCUCCAACAUCCACAGCAUCCACAAGAAUUUGGUGGCAGCCAUCUUCCUCUCUGAGUUCAUCUUCCUCACUGGAAUAAACCAAACUGACAGUCCGUUUGUAUGCACAGUAGUGGCCAUUUUGCUACAUUAUUCAUACAUGUGUACGUUCGCCUGGAUGUUUGUGGAGGGGCUGCACAUCUAUCGCAUGCUCACUGAGAUGCGCAACAUCAACCACGGCCACAUGCGCUUCUACUACGCCAUCGGCUGGGGAAUCCCUGCUAUUAUUACUGGUUUGGCUGUGGGUUUGGAUCCGCAGGGUUAUGGUAACCCUGACUUCUGCUGGCUAUCUGUUAAUGACACUCUGAUCUGGAGCAUUACAGGACCAAUCUCUAUUGUAGUGCUGAUUAACAUGGUUCUAAUUGUACUGGCGGCCAAAGCCUCUUGUGGAAGAAGACAGCGAACAGAAAAGUCAGGAGCGAUCUCUGCUCUUCGAGUGGCUUUCCUACUUCUGUUGCUCAUCAGCGCCACCUGGCUGUUAGGUCUAAUGGCCGUCAACAGUGAUGCCCUUUCCUUCCACUACCUCUUCGCCAUUCUCAGCUGCAUACAGGGAAUUUGCAUCUUCCUUUUCCACUGCCUUCUCAACAAAGACGUCAGGAAGAACCUUAAAAGUGUCUUUAUGGGCCAGAAAGUUCCAGUCGAUGAGCUCAGUGGAACACGGCCAACUUUACUCACUCGUUCUUUGAACGAUGAUGCCUACACAGAGGAUGGAGGGCUGUACCGAACCACCAUCGGAGAGUCGACAGUAUCUCUAGAGAGCUCCGUGAGGUCGGGGAAAAGUCACGGGAGCAGCAUCCUCGCAUGCAAACUCGGGGAGAAAAAACUCAGCGUGUCAUCGAACGGCGGAAAAGGGGGGCGUGACGAAAAAGACUUGUCACUAUUUUUGCGCAAGAAUUCAAAGCCAGAAGACUCUGAUUCGGACAGCGAGCUCUCGGUGGACGACAAUAGCAGCUCCUGCGCUUCCUCUCACUCAUCUGACAGCGAGGAUGACGCCAAGUGCUCCAAGACCAAAUGGAAUAAUGAAAAAUCUCCCGUCCAGAGCACUCCUAAAGGUGAUGCAGUGUCCAGUCAUAGAAAGCCAUACUUGCCGGAGGAGCCGCCCAGAGCCAGUGAAAGUGAAGAUGUGGCUGGUCCGGAGAAACUAGGUGUGGAGACAAAAGUCAACGUGGAACUUCAUCAGGGAAAUAAAGUCAGUCAGAAUGGAGAUGUGUCUCAGAAUGAAAGCCCACCAAGUCAGCCAAACAGCAACCAGCUACCAAGGAGAGGCAUUUUAAAGAACAAGAUCACCUAUCCCCCUCCGCUGACAGACAAGAACAUGAAGAACCGUUUAAGGGAGAAGCUCUGUGAUUAUAGCCUGCCACAGAUACCCCGUAAGAGUCCGUCAGUGGGGUCCGACGAGGGGGUUCGCCCGGGAACAGAGCCUAACAGCAUCAUCAUCAAACCCCCUCCACUAGUACCAAAGCCUGCGCUGAACGGGCGGACAGCCACAACCACCCCAGCCGAAGAUGAAUGUGAUUCUGAUGGAAGCAAUGAAACUUCAAUCUGAGUCUUUUGGAAGACUGGAAGUGGUCUGAUGGACCAUUGAACACCAGGCAGUAUUAAUACACAGCAUGGUCCGUUCCAGAUAACAUGAUUGUCUAUGUACUGUUUGAACUAUUUAUGAAGAUGUAGACCAGGCACUUGGUAUCCCGGCAGAAAAAGUCAAGAUGCACGAGGACAUAAAAGCUUUCUGCUAUCAGAAUGUUACACUGGAUGGAGCUGCAUGGCGUAGUUGCUCUGAAGAUAUGACAGGAGGUAUGACUUCCAGUUUGGAUAGAAGUUGGUCCGAAGCUACAACAUGGUAAAAAUAAAGACUGAUACGAAUUCAUAUUUGUAUAGACAUGUGUAAGUGAUGUUUAUAGGUAAUAUUUUGCAUUUUAGAUAUUUAAUAGGGCUACCUAUCUGUAAAUUGUAAAAUAGGAUUUCAACGCGAUGCCAGUACUGAAUAUUUAUGUUUUUGUUUACCGUGAUAUUUUUACAGCACUGUUUUAAAUUUACUUGAUAUGUUUAAAUUGUGUAAAUUUAUAUUUGUGAGAAUUAGCAAUUGUGCAAUGUUUAUAAAUGUGUUUUUUAGCCGUGUCGCCCCACACAGUUCCUUUAAUUGAGUUUAUUUUUCCCCAGUAGUAUUAGAUGAAUUAUCAGAAUGAAGAUAUCCACUGUACACACUGUCUGUAAUUCUCUGCCAACAUUCUGUAUUGAGUUAAAUGGAUGGAUGGUCCAUUGUAUUUUUACCACUGACAGUAUUUCACAGCAUAUGUUCAGCAUUGCCUCAUUUUUUUAUUAUGCCACUGCUGUACAUUCAUGUUUUCUAAGAAUCUAAAUUGUCAACAGGGUUUCAAAAGUGAAAAAACAAUGUUACUGCUCUGCCAAACCUCUUGUGUGAAUAUGCACUAUAUGCUUUUGUCCACAAGUUCAGGGACCCUUUUCUCAGUUUUACUCACUGUAAAUGUCAAACUAUGAUAACUGAUACCACUAACCAUGUAGUCUGUGUUUAGUUAAUAGCAUAGAGUUCAUUGUAUACAGUAGUCUUUAAGUGAACAAACAUCCUAUACCAUAAAAUAGAUCAAAUGUGUAUCCAUGAAAUACCUCCAUUACUUCUCAAUAUUCAUGAGAUACAUUAGGAGAUACAAGCAUGUAACGAUAAAGGCAUUUAAAAUCUUGGCACUGAUAAAACAUAAAACAUUGAAUUUGUAAAUAAACAAAUGAGGAAGAUUUAAUAAAAAACAUU